AGGAGAUUCUGUACCAUGUCUUCUCAAAAACAUUGGAUAUCUCCCCCUGCAUCUCUACUACAGCCACUUUCUGUCCCAGACAGAUUAUUACUAGGACCUGGGCCUUCCAAUUCUCCUCCACGGGUCUUGUUUGCAGGUAGCCGACAGCUCAUAGGACAUCUACACAAAGAGCUGAUUCAGAUAAUGGAUGAUAUCAAGGUGGGAAUCCAGUAUAUAUUCCAGACACAAAACCCUCUCACACUGGCUAUCAGUGGCACUGGCCACUGUGCAAUGGAAGCCGCCUUCCUGAAUUUGGUGGAACAGGGAGACAAAGUCUUAGUAGCUGUGAAUGGAAUUUGGGGAGAACGAGCAACUGACAUUGCAAGCAGACUUGGAGCUGAAGUACAUCAAUUGGUAAAGGCUCCGGGUGAAUAUUUUACUUUAGAAGAAAUAGAAAGGGGCUUGAUGCAGCAUUCUCCCUUUUUAUUUUUCAUCACACAUGGAGAAUCAUCCACUGGAGUAGUUCAGCCACUGGAUGGCCUGGGAGACCUCUGUCACAGAUAUAAUUGCUUACUACUGGUAGAUGCUGUGGCAUCAUUAGGUGGCACUCCAAUACUUAUGGACCAACAAGGUAUUGACAUUCUGUAUUCUGGCUCCCAAAAAGUUUUAAGUGCACCACCUGGUGCUUCUCCCAUUUCUUUCAGCAACAGAGCCAGAAAGAAGAUUCAUACUCGGAAAACAAAGCCAAUUUCCUUUUACCUGGAUGUGGAAGAGCUAUCUACAUACUGGGGCUGUGAUGGUAAUCCAAGAAAAUAUCAUCAUACUGCACCUAUUAGCACAUUCUUCUGCUUGCGAGAAGCUUUGGCAAUUUUUGCAGAAAAGGGACUAGAGACCUCCUGGAAUCUUCAUAAAGAAAAUAGCCUGUAUCUCUGUGCAGGACUGCAGAAGUUAGGUCUCAAACUCUUUGUGAAAGAACCAGAUGCAAGACUUCCAACAGUCAACACUAUCUUUGUGCCCGAGGGGUAUGACUGGAAAGAAAUAACUGAAUAUAUUAUGAAAAAUCAUGAGAUUGAGGUGUCUGGAGGCCUGGGUCCUUCAGCAGGCAAGGUUCUUCGCAUUGGACUGAUGGGCUACAACUCCACUAAACCCAAUGUUGACAGAGUCCUCCAUGCCAUGGGAGAAGCCCUCCAGCACUGUCUCAAGAACAAACUCUGAGUUUUUUCUACUUUCUCAUUCUUCAAGAGAGCAUAGAUAAUUAACCAAAGUACUGCAGAGGCUUUCUGCACAAGUUAUAUAAUUCAAAAAUACAUAUGUAGCUAUAGCUUACAUUUUACACAAGGAUAAAAUGUUUUCAUUUCAAUUAAUUUUUAUUCACUAAUAUAAUCAAAUUAUAUGCAAACUACUAUGUGGGAUUUGGCUUGCUGUCAUUCCUUUUGCAUUUCUUCACUGAAUGUAUA